UGGGGGCCCUAUGCAGAGGUAUACAGAAACAUAUACCCUGGCGCUUUAUGGUGUCUGCAUUCUGUAGAUCAGGGGGAGGCAACCUUAAAGAGUGCCACUAAGCACCCUUCUAUCCAAGGGCGGACUGACAACUCAUGGGGCCCCUGGGCAAUAGGGAUCAUGGGGCCACACUCAAAUCACACCCAAAAAAGCCUAUAAAAGGUACCAGGGUCAUUUUAUGGGGCCCCCUACUGACCCAUGGCCCUUGUGCUUGAAUGGUCAGUCCACCCCUGCUUCUAUCUUAACCAGAGCACUGCACUCACACACACGAGCAGUGG